UUCGGGUCAACAUGACGUGAGCGCUUGGACUUACUGCCGGUUCAGCACAAACUGUCACAAACACCUUUUUUAAAGCGUCGUUUUCGCGAUGGAGGACAAGCCAGGCAGCCCCAUGGCUGUGAAGGCUGAGGAGCAGACGGAGAGCGUCCUCUUCACCUACUUCCAGGGUGACAUCAACAGUGUGGUGGACGAGCACUUCUCUCGCGCUCUCAACAAGGCUCGCAAGCCUAAGGACCUGAGCGUUAAGGCCAAGAGCAUCCCCCGGACUCCCAAACCAGAAGAUCCAUCUCCAGUGCAGUGGGCCUUCCCAGCAAGCUCCUGGUCCGAUCCAACCUUCCCAUCAACCUCUUCUGGACACGUCCCGUUUACUCCUUUGGAGGACCCCUGCUCCGUUCCAAGAGUGAUAACAAACCCAGGUGGCCAGCCUUCCAAUCUGUGGCCCUUGCCUCCGAGAACAGGUGCUAGCCUGGGUCUUGCCCCCGUGAUGUACCCCCAGGCACUAUGUGGAGAGGGCCCGGGCCCCAGUGAGCACCACUACACCAACUCGUUCCUCAACAUGCUGCACAGCGACCGGGCUGUGAGCGGGAGUGCUCCGAGCUCCGCGUCCAAACCUGAUGUGGCGGCUGGCUGGUCUGCCCCUACGGGAUUCCGAGAUCCACUUGGUUCCGGGAUGAGCCUUGAUUCCGGAUUGCAAGUGCCAGAAAAGAAGAAGGAUCUAUAUUGGUAUUAAGGAUUUGCUUCAGUUUUGUUGGUCAAAGAACUGACUUCAUGUAAACUUUGUCUGCUCAGUGUAGAGCAAGACUCUGUUCUCCUUCCAAUCAAGCAACUUUGUGGACCUCAGCAGCCCAGAUAGAUGAGACUGUCGCAGCGUCUGCCUAGUAAAGCCACCCGAAUUUGCUCAACGCUGAGUUCCACGGAUGCCUGAGGGACGUUUAUCACCGGAGUGUGCAAUCUGCGCAAACAGCGGUGCCUGCAGACUUGCCCUACCCCUUGCCCCCACGGUCUGCUGUGUGGAAGAACCUGUUUGAGAACUAGAUUGUUGAUCUCGAGAGUGUCUGUAACUGGAGAUGGUGAGGAGCGGACAGGCAGAGUGAGUUCACCAGUACAGGAAGAAAGCAGGAUAGUCAUCACGCAAGUGAAAAUGCAUGAACUGCAGCCCUCUCUGACAAGCUGAAGACUUGAGAGUUGGUGGGUCUUUAUUCCACCAAGACCUGCUUGAUACAAGAUGGACAUCCAUGUUAAAUUUUACACAGAAAUCAGGAAAAAGGUCCUGUUAACGAUGUGUUCAUCCAUUCCUCGUGUGAACACUUAUGUUGAGCAUGUCUGUAUUGCCUAUGAUUUUUAUAUUCGUUAUUGAAUGCGAUUGUUGAUUUUACUCUUAAAGAAUUUAAAUGGUUCUCAUUUGUACUUAUUCAACAUUCCACAACAGAAAAUUGAUGUAAAAACUACAUGAGUAACUACAGCAAAGAUUGAAGGAGGGUAACUUGUUAAUCAAUUCUGCUUAUGUAUAUUGCAAUACCAUGAGGAGAUUUCUAACAUAUGGAGGAUCCCUGACACAAAACUAUCUGCCUUGAUGAGCUUUAUAACCAUCUGUGAGGGUAAGCCACAAAGUAUCUGCAGUAAUGAUUAUAAAAAGCUAUCACUAGUGAGGAUACUUUUGGACUGAGCCUCGUGUGUUUGCUUCAUUGACAAAAUACGUAAACUCUGCAGGUCUCAAUGGAAGCAGCAUGUGAAAACGUGCCGUGUUCAGGCCUCAGUAUGAUGAUUAUGGUGUGUACAAAAUGAGCAUUAUUUAAGAGGGACAACUGAGUAAGGCAGACAGUUCCACAUACCUGCUACAUGUAUAGGUUACAGCUGUUGUAAGCUACAACCGUAUUGGGGGUAUGUAUUAAUGUAGCAUUUAAAUUGCUUUUGUUGGACAGUCGAAAGUUUUUGCUGUUAAUGAGCACUGACUCUAACAUAAAUAAUAUGGCUAAUCUCGUUUGUGCCUCCGAGUAAUUUUUUCAAUUCAGUAUUUUAAUUUUAGGAGG